CAACGGAGAGGAGCGAGGCCGGCGGAGGGGCUCUGACAAGCGGACACGACACCAGGACAAUGGCUGCCAACAUGCGUAUCCUCAUCAAGGGAGGGAAGGUGGUGAAUGAUGAUUUCACCCAGGAAGCAGACGUCUACAUUGAGAAUGGCAUCAUUCAGCAGGUUGGGAAAGAGCUGAUGAUACCGGGCGGGGCCAAGGUGAUCGACGCCUCUGGAAAGCUGGUGCUGCCGGGCGGCAUCGACACCAGUGUGCACCUGGAACAGACCUUCAUGAACGCCAGCAUCCAGGAGGACUUCUACAGUGGGACCAAGGCGGCUCUGAUGGGUGGCACCACCAUGGUGAUGGGUCUGGUCCUGCCUGAACAACACUGCUCCCUGGUGGACGCCUACGAGCAGUGCAGGGCCCUGGCCGACGCCAAGGCCUGCUGUGACUACGCUCUGCAUGUUGGCGUGACCUGGUGGGGCCCGAAGGUGCGCAGCGAGAUGGAGACCCUGGUGAGGGAGCACGGGGUGAACUCCUUCCAGAUGUUCAUGGCCUACAAAGACAUGAUGAUGCUGCGGGACUCCGAGCUCUACCAGACGCUCCAGACCUGUAAGGACAUCGGGGCCAUCGCACGCGUGCACGCCGAGAACGGAGAGCUGGUGGCAGAGGGGGCCAAAGAGGCUCUGGAUCUGGGCAUCAGUGGACCAGAGGGAAUCGAGAUCAGUCGCCCAGAAGAGUUGGAGUCUGAGGCGACUCACAGAGCCGUCACCAUUGCCAACAGGGCUCGCUGCCCGAUCUACCUGGUGAACGUGUCCAGUAUGGCUGCUGGAGACAUGAUCAGUGCUGCUAAGAUCCAAGGUAAGGUUGUGCAUGCAGAGACCACCGUAGCUCACGCGGUGCUGAACGGGAUGCAGUAUUACCACCAGGACUGGUCCCAUGCCGCCGCCCACGUCAUUGUCCCGCCUCUCCGCCUCGACCCCAGCACCCCCAGCUACCUCAUGGGCCUGUUGGGCAAUGACACCCUGAGCGUCGUGGCAUCGGAGCACCGUCCGUUUAGCACCAAGCAGAGAGCUCUGGGAAAAGAGGACUUCACCAAGAUCCCUCAUGGAGUGGCUGGGGUCCAGGACAGGAUGAGUGUCAUCUGGGAGAGAGGAGUGGUUACAGGAAAGAUGGACGAGAAUCGUUUUGUGGCGGUGACGAGCACUAACGCCGCCAAGAUCUACAACCUGUACCCGCGCAAGGGCCGCAUCAUCGCCGGAGCAGACGCCGAUGUGGUGGUCUGGGAUCCGGAUGCAACAAAGACCAUCUCUGUGAGCACGCAGGUGCAGGGCGGAGACUUCAACCUGUACGAGGGGCUGCGCUGCCACGGCGUUCCUCUGGUCACCAUCAGCCGCGGACGCCUGGUGUGUGAGAACGGGGCGUUCAUGUGCGCAGAGGGAUCUGGGAAGUUCUACCCGCAGCGCACUUUCCCCGACUACCUCUAUAAAAAGAUGGUGCAGAGAGAAAAGACUCAGGGUUACAAAGGAGUCGACAGGGAUCCAUACUCUGGCGACGUGGCCAUGGUGGCGAACACUUUGAAGAAGGAGCUUGGUUUGGGCCCGAUCGAUGGAGAUUCAUCCAACAAGCUGGUUCCCCGGCCGCACCAGGGCAUGCGAGACCUUCACGAGUCGUCCUUCAGCCUCUCUGGCUCCCAGGUGGAUGACCACGUCCCCAAGAGGUCCUCUGCUCGGAUCCUGGCCCCCCCCGGCGGGCGCUCCAGUGGUAUCUGGUAAUUGCCGGUGACGACCUCCAACCGUCCAAGCCUCCUCCAUGUUUUGUAUAUUUCUGAGCAACCAGGAAAACUGCACUGAUUUUCAAUCGCAGAAUUUAAGUUGAGAAGGGAAAAAAUAAAUUCCAGCACUUUGUCUGGGAUUAUUGACAAACUAACUGAAGAUUUGCCAAAGUGACUCUUACAAAUCUAAUUUGUGUCUCAAUUGGAGUGACUGAUCGAUUAAUUACACGAGAGUGAAGGGCUACCUAUGAAUUUGAAUGUUCUGCCAAAUUCAAGCUGACCAUGCUAACAUUGAUGAAGUCUGCUCAUCAUCACCCUGCUCGUAUCCCGCGGAAAAAUAAAAUAAACAAACUGUGAAAGAUCAAAACCAGUACAGUUUUUGAUGGUUUGAACUGAAGUGAUGUCUAACGAAUUAUUUAAAAAAUAGUAAUAACUGGAUUCAGUGACAUAUCUAUUAUACCCCCGUCACACACUCAAGCGUACAGUUCACUGUAGACACCAUAGCUUUAGACUCAUGACGAUGUGUGUGGAUUCUGUUUGUGAUUAAACCGCCCCCCCGUGCUCGGCUUCCUGCCGCACCGUGGGUUUCCUCUAACAGUGUUUUUGUUUCCAAUGGACGAACUGUGCCGUGUGGUGAUGACAUCCAACUGCUUUGUUCAGCCGUGUGAUCUUACAGCUACACUCGCAGUAAGAGCUGAUCCACCCUUAUACCUCACUGCCUCUGACUGAACAACACAGUCCCCACAAACAUCCCAGCCUCACCUGUAACUAAGCAGCUUCUGUAGCCUCAGUGGAACAAUACAACCUGUGGGCUUUGAACUCCUUCAGCUCCGGUCCCACGACAGCUGCUGUCAUGGAAACCUCGGCUUGUAUCCUGGUAUCUAUCGACCUCGCAAAGUGCUCUAGACCCUGAGGAGACGUCAGUUCAGUUUGUUAAAGAAGGAUGUUGAGCGUGUGAAUUAAAGAUCAGAGUGAGAACAUAAACAGAGGAAUCACGUCUGCUCGUUUAACCUUUACUGCUGCAAACACCAGGGUCAUGUUUAUCAAAAUGUGAGUACAACUAAGUGAAAUCAAAUAUGCUCACACAGUUUUAUGCAGUGAACUAUUUUAAAUCCAACAUAUUCUACAUUUGUCCAUUAAUAAGCUCAUUUGCACAAAGACCCAAAAAUGAUCUUAACGAGGAUGAUCACCAGUAUCUGUAAACAGGCUGAGCAGCUUUAAAGCGUAGUCAGACAUCUUUUAUAUUUGUUUUACUGUCAACAAAUCCCAUGUUGUCGUCGGUACUGGAUCCGACUGUUGGAGGGAUCGACUCAAAAUAAAUUACAAUGUGUGUGGAAAUGGUUGCAAAGACAAGUGUUGUAUGAUGUGUAUUUUAUUAUAUUUUACCUCCUUGGCACGUAAUGAGCAAUAUGAGGCUUUGACUGUACAGAUGAUUUGUUAAUGGGACCAAUUUAUUCCUUGUUUUUAGUCUUUUCAUUGGGAUUUAUUGACAGUAAGAAAAAUCUAGAAAUUAUACAGACAUUUCCUUCA